UGUGAGCUCUAACAAAAACAUUAAACACCGCCUGCUUCCUUUAGAGGAGAAGGGGAUCCUUUUAAUCUGUUUAGGAUUUUCCGCGCGAGCACGCGCUAAAUAAUCACAAAGGAUGGAGAAAACGACGGAGCUGAAAAUGUUGCUGGAGUCAUCUCUGAAGCGGAUCUUUCAGGCGACUGUGACCGACAUCCUGGUCUCGGUGGAGCAGACCCUCUCUGAGUACCAGGGAACAAUCCAGACGAUCCAGACCGAGAACGAAGGCCUGAAGCGGCUGCUGUCUGCACAGAGGAGCGCAGAGUCCCUCCAUGAAGGUCUGCUGUCCUCAGAUGGAUUUGCGGAAGAUGCAGCUGAACACUCUAUUACCUCCACUCAUUCUUUCUUAAAGGUAUCCAAAUGCAGCAAUGACAAGACAACUUUGAAGAACAAAAAUGACAGCAAGCUAAAGGAGAGUGUAUCAUGUCCUCCAUUGUCUCUUCAGGUGGAUCAGUUGAAAGAAGAGUUGUCUGUGGAUAAGUCCAGCAGAAUCUCAGUUCCUGUGAAAACAGAACCUGAUUUGGAAGACAGUGGUGAAGGGGACCUCUCCCAACCAUGUCUGAAUCAGACCGUGAAGCUGGUGAAGAAUGAGGGUUCAGAGGUUAUUGUUGAUGCAUUCACAGAUGUACAACCGCUGUGUCCUUCAAGGCCCAAAAAUGAAUGUAGAGAAAUGGACCACAGUGAUAAAAUCACUGUUGUUUCAAAAGGCUACACACAGGAGGGACAUUUUAUCAAGAUUGAGGAAGAGAAGGAGGCUCUAACACUGCCAGGUAGUGGAGGUGAUAGUUUAUCUCAGCCUGAGUUGAAGCAAAAUAAUUCACCCGUAGUUGCUGAAGAAAAUACCAAAGACCAGAGCAGCAACUUGUUACGCUGUCCAACUUGUCCAAAGACAUUUCGCCGAGCUGCUUCACUCAAUACUCACAUCAAAACUCACAGCAAGAAUAAAGAAAAGUGCUGCAACCUUUGUGGGAAAAGCUUCAGGUGGGCCAGUGACCUCAUAUACCACAAGUACAUCCACACCGGCGAAAGACCGUAUACCUGUAACGUCUGCAGUAAGACGUACGCCCAUCCCAGGCAACUCAAGAUGCACAAGCGCACCCACACCGGAGAGAAACCCCAUGCCUGCUCGUACUGCGGGAAGAAUUUCCAUGAGAGAAACCAACUUAAGGCCCAUCUAAGGACUCACACUGGGGAGAAGCCAUACCGCUGCCAGCAAUGCAGUAAAACAUUCAACAAGACUGGAAACCUUAAAAGGCACAUGAGGACCCACACAGGCGAGCGGCCUCAUUGCUGCUCUCAGUGUGGCAAAAGGUUCGGCCAUCAAGCAGCCCUUAUAUCGCAUUACAGAAUCCACACUGGGGAGAGGCCAUAUGGCUGUAAACAGUGCAGAAAGACGUUCAGACUUGCUGGAGCACUAAAGACUCACAUGUGGGUCCACACUGGAGAAAGGCCGUACAGCUGCAACGAGUGCGGCAAGAAAUUCACUAGGUCCCGCAACCUGAAGUAUCACCUAAAGACUCACACACAGGAGAAGGAGUAGAAUGAAACAAAAGUGUUGAAUAUCAUAGUAAUAACUUUUUUUUGUCCAUCAGUUCAGAAAUUUUGAAAAAAUAAAUAAAAAUACUACACUCCCCCGUCAAGGAACCAAAUCUUAAUCUGCUGCAUGAUAGACAGCAACAUUGCAAGGUGUAAAUAUACAUCCAGAUGAUUUCCAUUAGUUUCAAAGCAAACUUAAGUCAGUGAUAUUCCAAGACCCACCAAUAUCACUGACAGACACCAUUGGACUUUCAUCAAACAUAAAUUGGAUUGGUGGAUUUACAGAGAACAGACUUUAUGCUCCUCACUCUGUUAUACAUGUUACUACCGGUGUGCUGUCGGUGUGGCAUACCCUAACAGAGUGGCAACUGAUUUUUAUAUUUCCGUCUGUGAUGGCUGUGAUGCUGAUGGUUCUCGUUUCUUUGAAAAUACACAUCACUGGUGUAACAUCAGUUAUGCUGAUUUCACAGGAGAUUAAAUGAUUUUGUGGCUCCUCUUGCUAAAAAAUAUUAUAGCAAACUUCAGUGUACAUUUCUUACAUGGCAUGGAAUUAAGUAAUGUGUAAUUAAGAACACAAUAUAAUAAUAUAAACCAUCUAUAGUCAGCAGUAUGCUGAAAUUGCAAUAACAAAGAGUAUGCCGCUGUGAUGAUGAACCAUCAGAACACCAGCCAACUGCUCCAACACACAUCAUUUAAAGAGACAGCGCACUGGUUCAUUACACUACAAGUAUAAAUUAAAGCUGCAAGCCCAUUGAGUGGCCCCCAGAGUUUAGCCCCACUCCAGCCUGUGUUGUGACUGCAGAAGCACAGCCUAAGUGCCUAUGCAGAACUCUCCUGCAGUUCAGAAGGUCAGGGGGUACCAAAAGCAAGCCUCACUAUUACCCUCUACCAGGCUUAGAGGUGCUCCAGAAGUUGAACAUUUGACCAAAAUUUGAUGUUCCUGUUGGAAGCAGUGGUCACUUCCUGUUUGAUGGCGGAUUAAUGAAGACUUCCUGUUGUGUUUUGAAGAUGCAACUUGAAAUUAUCGGAUAUUUUACAAAGUUUGAAACAUAAACACUGACAAUAAGGGUGAAUCGGCAAAGAAACCUUUCACUUAGUUUUACAUGAGCAGGGCUAGUUUUUUUAUUAACUGAAUACACCAAUCUGUUAAACAGUCACUUCCAUUAUAAAAUACAAAAAUGUCACAAGGAGGACUCUUUUGGGUCAAGUCUGGUGAGUUUUUGAAUAUGUUAAGGCCUCCAAAUAGCCAAUAAGUUAGGAAGAAGCGUAAUAAGGGACAAUAGGAUUGCAAUAGGCCUUCACUGCGCUUUUGCUGCUCAGGCAUAAAAUGUAAACUAAAACAUUAUUUAACCACAUUCACUGUUAAUCGGAAAAGACCUUCAGAUCUAUAUCCUUCACCCCUAUAGUUCCAAAAUGCCCCAUGCAUGCGUAGUAGAUGUAAUUCAGUCUCUGUUCUCUCUGCCUGGUAUGAGAUGGAAAAUGAGCUGAAUGGUGGACCUGAUCUAAAACAAAAAAAGUUUUAAAUGACUUGGAGAAAAAUAUACGGCUUUAGAUUCCAUGACUGGUGAUCUAGGAUGAUUUUUUCCUAUUUGCAGAAGACAUGAUUGUUUUAGAUUUCUUCUUUUUUUUCUCAUGUGAACUGAGUACAUGUGUCUAUAACUCAGUUGAUUGUGCCUCUACCCUGACAACUACUGUAAAAUGGUAAUUAAUUGAUUAAACUGAUGAUUUAUAUAAAGCUUUCUGGUUUAAACCAUUUUAGAUGAAAAAAUGUCAAUUGUGCAAAAUCAAAUAACCAAACAUGUUAUCGUACCAUAUGUUGUAAAAUGUAAAAACUUUAAUAAAGAAGUAAUUUGACUGCCAUUUACCAAUGUGUCAAGCAAUUAGAUACAAAGAUUUUGUUAC